AGAGUCGGCAGGACGUCAGCGCCGCAUGUGCACGCCUGCGGAGCUGUAGAGUGGACUUAAAUGAAAGCUCCCUUGCCUGCUCCUUCAGUCCAAUGGUCAGCGUCACCAUGAGCGUCCUGUGCCGUGUGUUAACCAGAGGACUGUUCAGAGGACAGCUCCAGCGUCCGUCUCCAGCCGGACUUCAGUAUUUCUGUAGCGGGGUGUCGCGACUGGACGGCGGUCAGCGAGACAGCGCGGCUCUCUCCACCAGCCCUGUUAACCUGAGCUAUGAUGUGUAUGAUGGUAAAGAGGACGGCGUUCCCCUCGUCUUUCUGCACGGAUUAUUCGGGAGCAAAUCAAACUUCACCUCUAUAGCGAAGUCUCUGGUGCAGAGGACAGGCCGAAAGGUGCUGACCGUAGAUGCUCGUAACCAUGGCAACAGCGCACACAGCCCGGGUUUGACGUACGAGGCCAUGACUAACGAUCUGAAGCAUCUGCUUAAUCAGCUUCACAUUGGGAAGUGUAUUCUCAUCGGGCACAGCAUGGGGGGCAAAACUGCAAUGACCACAGCUUUGUCACAGCCCAGUUUGGUGGAGCGGCUUGUUGUGGUAGACAUCAGUCCUGUUCCGACGUCGGCUCGUACCUUUAUGAAGGGAUAUAUCGAUGCUAUGAAGGAGGUGAAGAUACCCAGCAACAUUCCACGCUCGACCGCACGCAGGGUCGCUGAAGAUCAGCUCCGAAAACAUGUCAAAGAGCACUCGGUCCGGCAUUUCCUCCUCACUAAUCUGGUAGAACAGAACGGACACUAUGCCUGGAGGAUAAAUCUGGAGGCCAUCUCAAAUCAUCUGAUGGACCUCAUGGGGUUCCCCGAGUUUAACACGACCUACGACGGUCCCACCCUCUUCCUGGGCGGCAGUAACUCGGAAUAUGUCAGCUCAGAGGAUUAUCCUGAAAUCCAGCGUCUCUUUCCGUAUGCGGAUAUCCAGUACAUCCCCGAUGCCGGUCACUGGAUUCAUGCUGACAAGCCUCUGGACUUCAUCAGUUCUAUUAUCACAUUUGUGCAAUCAUAGACCCCGACUGACCUUUUUUUUUGUUUGUUUGUUUGUUUUCCAUUUUAAAAACAUGUAUUUGUCCAUGACUGUCAUAUACACACACACAGUACUGUGCAAAAGUAUAAAGCGUUCUACAGAAAUAUUGCAAAAUAACAAGUUUCAACGAUCAGGUAUAACAUUAUGACCAUUGACAGUUGAAGUGAAUAAGACUGAGUAUCUCCUCAUCAUGGCACCUGUUAGUGGGUGGGAUAUAUUAGGCAGCAAGUCAACAUUUUGUCCUCAAAGUUGAUGUUAGAAGCAGGAAAAAUGGACAAGCGUAAGGAUUUGAGUGAGUUUGACCAAAAGGGCCAAAUUAUGAUGGGUAGACCACUGGAUCAGAGCAUCUCCAAAACUGCAGCUCUUGUGGGAUGUCUGCAGUGGUCAGUAUCUAUGGCUGGGUAUCUCGGGUCAGGGCUGUUUUGGCAGCAAAUGGGGGACCAAGACAAUAUUCGGCAGGUGGUCAUAAUGUUAUCCCUGAUUGGUGUAUAAUGAUCUAAGAGAUAGCACUCACACAGCUAUUCGUAGCUCCAUAUCUAACAAGAUCUGUUCAGAAAGCGUAGACAAGUUACCAUGUAGACUUUGGUAGAACAAAAACACAAAUUUGAUUAAAACCAGAUUUUUAGGCGUCAGCAUCCGAUGAGUUUUCCCAUGCUGCCAUGCAAACGAGUUCUAUUAAUUUGUAUUCCAAAAAUUAUGAAAAUUCUCUGUUAGAGUGAUCUGUUACAGAAGUCUAUUUGUAUUAUUUAUUUUUUAAGACCAUGUAAGUCUAAAUCUGGUCAGUAAAAUGACCACAUAAGGCAAAAUGUAGAGCGUCUCUGACUGUUGCACAGUACCCUCAUCACUCAGUCACACACUGACAUAACCGUUUUAUUUCUCACAAAUACUUUUCAGGUCAUUACGUUGCUCAUCCUGGCAAACAGUGCAGUCUAUCUGACAAACGUAAUAAUAAUGAACUAGAAUGUAAAUGACCUUCUGACCUAUCGUGAGAAGGUAGACUCUUCAAGGCAGUGAAGACUUGCUUGUCUUCGUUUAUUAUCAGUCAGCUUUCUUCUCUAAUCGAAUGUCAAAAGGUGCCUAUGCAAUAGUGGCCUGGCUUUUUGGCACUCUUUUUAAUCUUACAUGAACCUCUCACCCAAGCACUGAGACUCCACUACUGCACUGACAUCUGGACAUCGUGUUCUGUUGUAGAUACACUAUGGCGCCAAAAGUUUUGGGACACCCCUCCAAAUCAUUGAGUUCAGGUGUUGUUUUUCAGGGGUUGGACUCGGCCCCUUAGUUCCAGUGAAAGGAACUCUUAAUGCUUCAGCUUCAUACCAAGACAUUUUGGACAAUUUCACGCUCUUUGUGGGAACAGUUUGGGGAUGACCCCUUCCUGUUCCAACAUGACUGCACACCAGUGAUCAAAGCAAGGUCCAUAAAGACAUGGAUGAGUGAGUUUGGUGUGGAGGAACUUGACUGGCCGGCAGAGAGUCCUGACCUCAACCCCAUAGAACACCUUUGGGAUGAAUUAGAGUGGAGACUGUGAGCCAGACCUUCUCGUCCAACAUCAGUGCCUGACCUCACAAAUGCACUACUAGAGGAAUGGUCAAAAAAUUCCCAUAAACACACUCCUAAACCUUGUGGAAAGCCUUCCCAGAAGAGUUGAAGCUGUUAUAGCUGCAAAGGGCGGGACAACUCCAUAUUACAUUCAUGUGCAUGGAAAGGCAGACGUCCCAAAACUUUUGGCAGUAUAAUGUAUAAUUUUUGGGAGCACUCCCGAUUCAGGGUAGCUUGUGGAAUAUUGUUUUAUGUUUAGAUAAAUGCUUAGAACUUGACAAAAGACUGAUAACAGGCGACGUUUUUAAGUGGAAGCUGUGACCCAAAUGCUUGCUUGGAAACCUGUGUAUCAAGCUUUCUCAUGACUCUCCUGACCUGCUAACUCCAUACGCACAACACUUCCCUUCACGAUUCAGCAUGCUAUGAGUUAUUAAAGAGGUUAGCUGGACAGAAACUGAUUUUUUAUUUAUUUAUUUUUACUUGGUGUGUGCCAAAAAAAAUUGGCAACUUUUUUGAGUUCACAACACGAUGUAAACAUCAACGUUUUUAUUCGUUUUAGCUUAGCCGCUACUGAUGCGUUGUCUUAUUACAAUACAAGGAUCUUCUCAUUUGUCUACUCAUUUACACCUGCCUCCAUCUUCUUUCAUUUCACGAAAAAACAUCAUUGAGCUAAGGAAAAUUGCUUCAAACUUCAGUUCAGUCUGAUCUUUUAACCCAAAGUACCAUAGGGAACUAAAGUGCUUUAAGUUCUCAGAGCAAUGCUGCCAGGUUUUAGACUUUUCUCCAUCAGGUUUAAUAGCACUGUGUUGUAUCUGGGCUACCUGUAAGCCUCCGUGGUUGUGUCUGUAUUUUGUGACUAAAACGUAUUUUAUAUGACUAUAUUGAAUAUAUUCCUGAAUAGGUACUACUGAAUAAUCAAAAGUAUAAGAAGGUAUUUAUAUUUUAUGGCUGUUCAUUGUUUGUAUUCCUCUAGUCUACAUGUAUAACGUUUGGAAAAAUGCUGCAGAAUUAAACACCAAAUGUUCAUGGUGGGUUUUAACAGAUUUAUGUUUACAUACAGAGCGUAAUAACCGUGCACAUGCUUCCUGGCUUAAUGCUGAUGUAGUAGACGUGUACACCGGCAGGUGUGUGUGUGUGUGUGUGCGCUGGAUGGAUUGUAUUGCAAGUGUGUACAUUUAUGAUGUAUUUAUCCCCGAAUAUCUUUCUUAACAAGUAACAUAUGACUAUCGAUAUUGUAAUUCGUUUUUCAUCCUAUACGCUGUUUAACGACUCCUUCUUUAGAGUCGAAUCGAAGUACGAACAAUCUCAACGACUUGACAGAUUGCCUUUACGUUACUAAAGCUGUGAACUUUAACGACCAAGCAGAUUUAACAGAUCGUAUCCGUUUCAUUUCAGGAUCGAAAGUGCCGCUUCUUUCCUACGUUGACCUAGAAGAGCAAACCAGAAUAACAAAUCCGAAAACAAGGACGAUUCAGAUAAACUGGAAAAGGUAGGUAUGGUUUUUGCGAAUGGAAUUCUUCCCUCUGAUUGGACGAGACAUGGGUCACUCAGGAUCUACAGGAAGUCCAGCAGUAUCUGCAGCAGUAGAAAGUGGAUUGGUGUGUGUAUGAACACAGCUCUGCUCUUAUAGCGCUCCUUACCUCCUUUAAUCUGGAAUAGUUUGCUCUUCCCAACAUUCCUGUGUUCUUCAGGUGUGUUUUUAGAGAUAAACUAAUCUUUACUCCAUGAUACACUAUCAGUAUAUCCAACAUCACACUGACCAUAUGAACGUCCUUCCUCACAGUAGAGCUGAAUGAACUCCAUUUUCUUAUAAAUAUAUAUUUAUAUGUUUGUUAUUUUCUUUAAAAGAUUCAAAGUUGCACAAAAAAACUGUUUUAAAGUGAAGGCAGAACUCCACACAUGUACAAGAAAUAAAGUGAGAUACACAAUUUCCUACUUCCUAAGUUACAGAUGUCUCGUCCAAUCAGAGGUCAGAAUUCCAUUCACAAACUAUAUCUACCUUUUCCGCUCUGUCUGAUUCGUAUUUGUGUUUUCUGAGUAUUUACUGUGUAUUGCAUUUCUUCUUGCACAUAUCGUGCACCAAAAUAAUACUCCUAACAUACUGAAUAAGGAAAGUGUUUAUGUAAAUAGUGAAAUACUUGAAACAGGACUUUGUUUGCAUGAAACUUUACAGACCAGAGCUCAUGGUUCUUAUGGAUCAAUUCAGUCAUGAGUUAUAUUCUCACAGUAAUGUCCUGGUGUCAGUGUCUUGCUUUAUCUAGUUGAUGAAUUUAGUAUUUUGUGCUUUUGUUUGUUUGUAAGCAGUACUUACAGCACAGUACGUUUCCCUUCUGUAGUGUUAGUUCUUUCAUUUGCGAUGGAGUGACUGACUGUAACCAUGAACUGAAUCUUAACCUCUGUUUUUGUGUCUUUUAUUGCGUCUGACACUGAGGAACAUUUUCUUGAGAGUUUUCUUGUUGAUGUAUAAGAUUAAUCCAGACUUAUACAGUGAGAUUUUGCACAGAAAGCACUGUUGUUGCAAAAGAAAAGCAAUACUUGGGGCCAAGCUCUUUGACAUGAUCUUGUUAUGUUUUUGUGUUUUCCUUUUCAUUCUGUAAAACUUCAUGGAGUCAGUUUAUGUGACUGAUGUUCUCAUUGCAUGCUGCUUGUUUUUUUGUUUGUGUGUGUGUGUGUGUAUGUGUGAGACGAAAUAAAUAUACAAGAUUUCAGAACAUG